AUGUCAGUGGAUAUUUUUCUGGAGUGGGCAGACGAAUUCAAACACGACUCCGAGGGCCAACAGCUGGGCAGCGCGCGAGUCAACCGAGACGCCCAGGGGUCCCCAAACACACCUGAAAUCCGGGCUCCUGAGAGACCGUCUCCGGGACACGAACCCUACACAAAGGCCACCUUCGGCUUAACGGUACAACCCGAGAAACCUAUUUCAAGGCCGGAAAUCCGAGGCCUAGAGAAAAGGCGCGCCAGGGUUUCCCGGAAGUCUGAGAAGGCCGAUUGGCCGCAGCCCUCGGACGUCCCCGCCCCCUUCCCGCCGUCACGCCCGCGGGCGGCCCCGCCCCCGCUCCUGCCAGUGCAACCGCGUGGGAGCAACUUGACACGAUCCCGGCCACACAUCGGUGGGAGGGACGUGAAGCACAGCGCAGGCAGCCUCCUGUUGGCGUCCCCACUUCGGCCCCAGGAGCUGGAAAUGACCGGGCCUCGUCAUUGCUCACAGUAUGAAAAAGCUUUCUCACCCAAGUAUCUGCAGAACUGGUCUCUCCCCAAGCCAACAAAAGAGAGGAUUUCUUCCCAUGAAGGCUACACUCAGAUUAUCGCCAAUGAUCGUGGUCAUCUGUUGCCUUCAGUGCCCCAUUCCAAGGCAAGUCCUUGGGGUUCCUUCAUGGGCACCUGGCAAAUGCCUCUGAAGGUACCUCCUGCUCGGGUGACCCUGACCUCCCGUACAGCUGCUGGUGCUGCCUCCCUUACCAAAUGGAUACAGAAAAAUCCUGAUUUACUCAAGGCCUCCAAUGGGCUACAUCCUGAAAUCUUAGGCAAGCCCCAUGAUCCAGAUAGUCAGAAGAAACUUGGGAAGUCUAUCACAAAGACUGUACAGCAAGCACCAAGUCCAACCAUAAUCCCAAGCUCCCCAGCAUCAAAUCUCAAUUCCCCAGAUCAACUCCAAAGCUCACACCCCUCUGAAGGUCACACUCCAGGUCCCCAAAGCCCACCCAACUCUCCAAAGAGUCCACCUGGAAGCCCAUGUAUGCUAGAACACUGUGCAGGUCCUAAUUUAGCUGAGGUCCAGAAAUGCAAACCUGGAACUCCAUAA